AUGUCCACUUCUGCUGACUGGAAGAAUCAGGGGAACGCAGCGUUCAAAGAAAGCCGUUUCCAGGAUGCUGUAGACUGUUUUACCAAAGCCAUCGAACUCGAUCCGGAGGACCACGUGCUCUAUUCGAAUCGUUCUGGUGCGUGGGCGAGUUUGGAGAAGUACGAGGACGCGCUGGCAGACGCUGACGUCUGUACGACCCUCAAACCGGACUGGGCCAAGGGUUGGGCCCGCAAAGGCCUGGCGGAAUACAGACUGGGCAAGAUCAUGGAGGCGGCCAGGUCCUAUGCUGAGGGUAUCAAGGCAGACCCACAGAACGCCGCUUGCCAACAGGGAUUACAAUCGCUUAGACAGGGCCCGGGCAGUGAGGUUUUCGAAAACCAAAUGAAGAUGCGAGUAGCCAUGAAACUAGCCCAGGACCCUACCAUAGCCAAGUACAUGGAAGAAGACCCGGAGUAUAUCGACCGAAUCCUGGGUGUGGUCAAGGCUGCCGGACAAACUGGAAACCUGGAAAUGGCGCUUGCAGGUGCCGGAGACGUCCGCGUACAGGAAGGCAUCAAUGCUCUUUUCGGCGUAGACGCCGCUGCUAUUGCCGGCGCAACGGCGGCCUCUGCUGCCGGACAAGAGUCGUCGGCUAAACAAACAUCCGAUCCCGUGACCGAGCCGACGGCUGAGGGCCAUUCGCUUCAACCGGACACAGAAGAGUAUCGUGCAAUGGAGGAGAAGAGAAUGAGGGAGAGUGAAGCGUCUGCGCUCAAGGCGGAGGGCACGGCGGCUUACAAGAAACGUGACUUUGCCCAGGCUGAGGCGAAGUACCGGGAGGCCUUCGAAAAAACGCCUUAUGACCUAUUGUUAUUGAAUAACGUUGCGGCUGUGUACUUAGAACAAGACCGGUUUGAAGAUUGUCUGGCGGUAACACAGGAGGCAUUGGAGAAGCGUUAUGAGGCCAAGGCGGAUUACAGCGACGUGGCAAAGGUCUACAACCGUCGUGCUGCGUGUUUCUUAAAAAUGAAGAAGUUCGACGAAGCCAUUGACGCCUACAAACGUUCGUUGACAGAGGACAAUAACCGCACCAUUCGCGCGUCUUUGCGGGAAGCCGAACGUCUGCGUGAUAAGUGGGCUCAGGAACAAUACGUGAACCCGGAGCUAGCGGAACAACACAAGGAACAGGGCAACAAACUGUUUAAAGAGCUAAGGUACCCUGAAGCUAAAGCUGAAUAUGACGAAGCCAUCAAACGCAAUCCAGGCGAUGCUAAACUUUACUCUAACCGUGCUGCUGCCUUCAUGCAAUUACUCGAGUACCCUUCCGCUCUUAAGGACUGCGAGAAGGCUAUCGAACUUGACCCUGCCUUUGUCAAGGCGUAUUCUCGCAUUGGCAUGUGUCAUUACAAAAUGAAGGAAUUCCACAAGGCCAUGACAUCCUACCAAAAGGCACUCCAACUCGACCCCGAGCAUGAAGAAAGCAGACGCGGUCUCGACUCCGUUAUGCUCGCCAUCCAACAAAGAGCACGCUCCACCGACAUCGACCAAGAAGAACAAAUGAGAGCCAUGGCAGACCCAGAAAUCCAACAAAUCAUCGGCGACCCGCAAAUGCAACUCAUCCUUCAGAGCCUCCAAUCAGACCCUUCGCGCCUGAUCGAGUACAUGAAGGACCAAAGAAUAGCCGAGGCUAUAAACAAACUGAUUGCGGCCGGCAUUAUUCGCACGCGCUAA